AUGUUUACAUCAGUGAGGGUCUUUAGGUUGAGUAAUGCCAAUCUUACUAACCAAGGCUUGAACAAGAUCUUCACUGACCUUUGUGAGAAUCUGCUAAAGAGUUUUUACUUCAAGUUGCGCUCAAUGAUCCCCUGCUGUCUGUGUAAGCUCAACUUCACUGUAGCAGUACCAGAAGAAGAACUCAUACAGGUUGCAGUUACAGCUGUUGCCAUGACAUUUGACAAAGACCAGAAUCAGGAGAGGCCGGCAGACAAGCCCCCCACCAAAGGAGGAGGUGAGACUGAAGAGCAGCUGCAGUUCCCCAUGGAGUUAUGUGCAGACGCAGCAGCAGGCAACACUCAGCAAGCAUCCAAAACCUCAGGUUUCCCAGAGAGCACCAACGUCUCAUCCAGAGCUGCCUCCGUUGAUUACGGUUCCUUUGCAGACAGAUGCAGCACCUGGCUAGAGCUGCUUAGGCUGAAAGCUCACACCAUAAGACGAGGAUCAGUUAAGACAAUCUCAUCUUUGGAGCGCUGCAGUCCGCUGCCCGAGGGACGCUCUCGCUCGCUGCGCUCCACACGCUCGUUCGGGAGCAGUUCAGUUGCCGUGGUGAAGAUGACGCCGCUCUCUUUCCUCCCUGGGACACGCAUCAUCAAAUACCUUGGGAUCAUCAACAUGUUUUUCAUAAGAGAGACAACAUCGUUACGGGAGGAAGGUGGUGUCAGUGGCUUCCUCCAUUCCUUCAUAGCAGAGGUGUUUGCCAUGGUUCGAGCCCAUGUAGCAGCCCUGGGUGGGAAUGCAGUGGUGUCCUACAGCAUGAAGGAGUGUAUGUUGAUGGAAAAUCCAAACAAGAACCAGGCUCAGUGCCUCAUUAAUGUGAGUGGGGAUGCCGUCAUCUGUGUCAGGGAGACGGACCCGGAGCCAACUCCCUCAACCUCAAAUAUCGGACAGAUCUGCCCUAGUGGAACAGAUGUGACUACAUGACAGUGAAACACUGAGCCUCACCUUGUUUGCAGGACACACAAUCUGAGUGGAAACGCCCUCUGAGUCUAGCCGUCCAAAUACGAGUAAUUUCUGUCUGCCUUAAAACUCUGUAAAAGAUCCAAAGGUUUGGACGCAGGCAACAAAGAAUUACUCGCACACUUCAAAAAAUGCAGUCUGGAUUAAUAUGGGAGUGCAGGGUGUCUGUGUUUUUCUCUGUGUCAAGCAUGAGAGCAUUUGCAGGUACUGAUGUAUCUCUUUGGGAAUUAAGUAAUGUGAGGGUUUUUUUAACAGAAGUCUAAGGAUGCCUCUGUAUUUUGCCUAUGUAUUACAUCCGUCCAUAUUGGUGACACCCGUGUGUCUGCAUUUACUUUGAGUUUGGGCAGAAGUGACGUGUGAGGCAGCUAUGACUAAUGUGUCCAUCCACAGCUCACAGGGAAAGUCAUGGCCUCGCGAAAAAAUACACCGUUGUAAACCAUCAAUUAAUUUGAUUGAUGUCAUUUGUGUUGGGCUCUGUUUUAGAGCAACUUGCAAAUUGAAAGGCCAAUCUAUCUAUUUCAGAGCAGCCACAUAAUGACCUUCAAACAAGGCAAGUGUUUCAACUUCAACAAAGCUGGUGCUAUUCCUCAAAAUUGCUCACUAGAAGGAAAAUUUGAAGUGAAAAACAAUACAGACAACAAUUUGAUGCCAUUUUGUUAAAAUUAUCUACGUGUUCAUUGGUGUCCAGUUCUCAUGUCCAAAUUAGGUUUUGUACGAAUUGUGUUGAUAGAUAAUCUUCUUAAUCAGUUACAGUAUUGUUCACAGGCAGCAUCCUAGAGAUAGUUACAUUUCUUCAGAAAGUGUCAAGUAAUGAUGUUAUCUAUAAUAAAUAAACAAAAACAGGCCAGUGUUUCUGGUGUAUGCACAUAUUUUUGAAGGGCAAUCAUUUCCCUUUAGAACAGCCAUCACUGUGUAUUCCAGUGACUAUUUUAUUGAUAAAAACGAUUUUUGUAUUGCUUCAUUUUGAAAUCGACAAAUCAAGUGGCAUGUGUAUGCCUUUUUAUUUACUCAUCAGGAGUGGGUGAGUUAAUGGUUAAGGGAAUAAUGUCGCACUUUGGGUCUGAGCAGCAGGGAUGUUUCAUAUGGGAAAAGCCUUUGAGAUAGUUUUGAUUAAUUAAAACUUUAGUAAUCUGACUGAAGCAACUCUUCCAUCACUUGUAGCUCUGGUAUAACUAACUCUUCUUGAUGCAUCAUGCGAUCACUGUCAGAUUUCACAUACCUUUGUCAAUCUUUAUUACUUUUGCUCAUGUUCUAUAUAUAAUCCUGAUCCGUCCGGAUUUUAUAUUUAUGUCUAAUGCUGGAAACAAGCAUCUCAUGGUUGUAGGUGCAACAUAAAAAACUGUGUAAAUGUUCUCUAACAUCAGAUUUUAGUAUUUUUGUAACAUAACAUGUAUGAAACCUACAGCUCAUUUUGCCUGUACAAUGAAUUUAUGAUGUGUUUGGACUCAGUGACAGAAAUUAAUGGUACUCUAAACUGUCGGUGAUGAGUUUCAGAUAUCUGUGUCUAAAACUUGAAUGUACAUAUUAAAAUACUUUUGCUUCCUGACUAGCAGCAUGCAGAUUACUUUUUUAGUGCCAUGCUUGCCUGGUAAGUAUUGCACAAUAAACUCAGUCAAACCAA